GGGGCGGCGGCGGAGCGCGGGCUGGGAGGCCCAGGAUGGCGGAGAGACCGGAGGACCUGAACCUGCCCAACGCCGUCAUCACCCGCAUCAUCAAGGAGGCGCUUCCUGAUGGAGUCAAUAUUUCCAAAGAAGCCCGGAGCGCGAUCUCCCGAGCAGCGAGCGUGUUUGUGCUCUAUGCAACAUCAUGUGCAAAUAACUUUGCCAUGAAGGGGAAGAGGAAAACCCUGAAUGCUGGGGACGUGCUCUCUGCCAUGGAGGAGAUGGAGUUCCAGAGAUUCGUGGCCCCUCUGAAGGAAUCCCUGGAAGUUUACAGGCGGGAGCAGAAAGGGAAGAAAGAGGCCAGGAAAGAUAAAGACAAGAAGGCAGACUCGGAGGAGCAAGAUAAGAGCCGAGAGGAGGACAAUGAUGAUGAUGAUGAAAGGAUGGAGGAGGAAGAACCAAAUGAUGAGGAAGAGGUGGACAACUGAGCUGGCUCGUGGGCAGGGGCUGGGGUGUGCUCAGAGGGAUGUAAAGGCUGUAAAUCGACCUUGCUGCAUCCCCUGGAGUGUCCUUUAGAGCUUUGCACUGCCCCUCUGUGGCCUGUCCCUUUUGGCUGGAAUUUGUACAUAAAGGACUGUGCUGAAGCUUUUCCCUGGCACGGUGGCUCCUCCCUGUGCCUGCUGGGCUUUGGCUCUCCCCAGGCUAUGGGCAGGCACUUCCUGGGCUUUUGAUGCUGGGCUGGCUCUGAAAGAGAGGAAAAAAGCACUGGUGGGUGCUCAGUGCAGAAACUGGCCAGGAGAACAUGAGAAUCUUGAAGAUGAGGGGCUGAAUCCAUUCACAGAUCACUUCUGGGGUGUAGAAUGUAGGUGAUGAUGUCCAGAGGCUUGGGAGCUGCACAUUGAAGCUUUUGAUCCAGUUGAGUUGUUUCCCUUUGUUUCCUUGCAUCCUGGCUGUGCCUCCUCUGCCUGCUGUGCUGUGACAGUGACACUGUGUCCUCCAGCCUCAGGGUGGCUGCACAGGGACCACGAGUUCACUCACUGACUCACCCAAACGAACCCAAAUCUGAAAAACACGGGGUAAACUGUGCAGUGACAGUGCAUUGAGAGACAAAGAGGAGAUGAUUCAAAAUGUGGAGCACAAGGAGGGCUCAGAUGAGGAGCAGGGCUGAAAACAGGUGGCUUUGUGCCAUGCUGGGGGUGUGACAGCUCAGUGCCACACUGGGGUCUGGUGGUCUCACCUGCAGCAAGCUGAGAUGUGCUAGAGCAGAGUGGGGAAUUGUGGUUGUCUUUUCCCCUUUUCCCAGCUGGGAUGGGCUAAUUCCAUCCCAGGGGUGCCUCAGGGAGGGCAGCAGGGCAGGGGCUGUGUGCCCACCCAGGGGCCCUUGUGGCUUCACAAAAGGCCCCUGCAGGAAGGAAGGGUUGAGAGAAGCUCUUGGUGUCCCUUGUGCUGGUGUAGGUUUGUGCUUUUCCACUUGAACUCUUAGUUCUGAUGCCUUUUCUCCCUCAGGAAGUUUUAGAUACAUUUAAAACCCCCAGGUUUUGAUGAUGUGCAGUUUUGAAAUAGCACUUGUGAGGAAUCCUGGAUCCUUUCCACCAAAAAGUGGUGGCAGCUGCCCACAAGAACCACCCUGCCCUCCUGCUUUUCUGGCUUGCUGGAUUUUGACACGCACACAAGCCCAGCUUCUGAAAAGAACUGAACCAACACAGAUUUUCUGCUGUCUAGUUUCUGCUGGCAUCCAGUCAGGCUGUUCAAAGCCUGAGCUGAUGAUGUGUUCCCCACAUUUCUGAUAAACACCCACCUUCCAGCUCUUUUCCUCUCUUUUUUUUUUUUUUGUUUUUCUCUUCAGCACAUAUCUGGGGUGCAUAUUCUGGAAGGGAAUGAGAUCUAAAUAAAACCAGCUUUUUUUU